GAGCACACCUCCACGUAAUCUUGCCUGGCAAUCGUCUAGUCAGCAGCAGACAGACUCGCGUGACCUUCCCUCAGAGAGCAGACGUUAUUUACUCGUCGGUCGAAUUCACACAAGCCGAAGAAGACUAACGGUGCGGCCAACGAAACUCUACAGUUACCUCGGUGAACGUGAUUUUUCUUUAAUUUGAUUUCAUGUUUACCUCAAGUCUAAACCUAUCCAAUAUGACGCUGGCUGAGGUUGGCGCUAACGUUACGAAGGCAUCAGGAAGGUCAAUGACAAGCUUCCGUAACCGAUUUCACUCCAUUUCUGAAUUUCGCACCGAUGAAAUGCACAAGACGAAGGCUUUCAGCGGCUUUGGAGUGUUUUCCUCCUCUCCCGACGCCCUCACACGACAGGAACUGGACAGCUUUGUGGACGACAAGAAGGAGCCCACGAAGGUGACCAAGGCCCAGAUAAAGGAGUACGCGAAGAAGUACAGCAGCUUCCAGACCGAAGCUAAAAAGGAACACAAGGAACCGGCGCCAUGGUACAGGGAGCUGAUGGAACACUCCCAGCCGGCCCACCUGGUGACCAUCGUGGCGGUGGUGUACCUCGCCUUUCGACUCUUCCCAGAUUCACGCAGACAUGCCACCGAGGCCUCCACCCUCACCCGCCUCCUCUACAUCGCUGCCGUCAGCACCGUCUUCGGGAGUCAAGUUUGGAUGACCUUCGUAUCAGGUUUGGCUCUGUUCCUCAGCGUGCCGAGACACGUGUUCGCGCAGGUGCAGCAGGUGCUCUUCCCACUUUACUUUCUGACCAACGCCGUGCUGAUGCUGGUGGCCGUGGUCACCUACACGAGGCACCACCCGACGCACCUCUGGGACAACCACCAGAUGAUGCAGGGCGGCAUUUUGGUGACAUGCUUCCUGGUGAACCUCGGCAUUAGGCUGUACUUGGCACCUGUCCUCACCAAGCUCAUCACAGUCAAGAUGGCCAUCGAGCGCGAGGCGGGUCUGGGGCAGGAGGUCGGGAGCAGCAGGCCGGGUGUCCUCGCCAACUGCCCCCACUACAUGCGUCUCUUCCGCGCCUUCCGUCGGACUCACAUUAUUAUUGCAAUUGGUAACAUGGUGUCCAUGGCCGCCACUUCAUUCCACCUCUACUACCUCGCCACCAAGCUCUGCUCCGUGGAGUUGUAAGCAACGGUCUUCGCGCUGGGCAUGUCACCAGAGAGUGUCAAGCCUUUCUCAAGGUUAUUCAUCGCCUGUACCUUUCCCUGAGGUCACAAUUACUCAUUAAAGUUGUGAUGAUGCUUCAGGUUACGGAAGCAUCAUAAAUGGUAAGCUGUGCUUCCUUAGCCACAGGGUCUGUAGGCGGCGGGGGAAGAUGUGAGUACAAUGGCUGGACCAUAAUCCCUACCCUGCCCCAUAACAUUCCCGAGCGAAGGAACUCAAUGGAGUUUUCCCUUGUGCUUCAAAGGUAAUGGAAGUCAUUCUCUCAGUGGCGGUUCAGGCAGCGGGCCCCUGAUUUAAUUACAGUGUACAUGUGCAUUUAGUUUUAUAAAUGCAUACAAGAGUAAGCCUCAUACAUGGUUUCCUUACUUCUCUGUUUUGGUGUCUACGUCAUGAUAACACUGGACAAAAUAUAUAAAAGCUUUGAAAUUGUAAGUACAAAUUGACACUAGGGUGGCGUCAGUUGAGGAAGUGGAAAGUUAUUCAUGUUGUUUACCUGAGUUGCGUUAUAAUGCAACAGAUUCGCGUAGCGCAGAGAUUCUCAGUCAUAUCAUGUUCCGGAUGAAAACUUUUUUUUCACGUGCUUGUCUAUUUGUUUAUUUGUGUGUGUGUGUGUGUGUGUGUGUGUGUGUGAGAGAGAGAGAGAGAGAGAGAGAGAGAGAGAGAGAGAGAGAGAGAGAGAGAGAUGCGGGAAGGAAUAAGGUUUGUCGGUCACUGGCUUAAAAUCAAUAGUAGUGUAAAAUCGGUGAGCAAAGCCAAAUCAUCAGGAAAAGUUCAGCGGCGAAACCCUAUUAGUCAGUCCUUCGUUCAGGUAGCAUUAUAAAUCUUAGUCAAUUUCACAUAAGCAGUAAAUAAUCAAGUAAACACAAACACAGCCAUCUAGAACAACUUCAAACACAAGCUCCUAACGACUCUUAGUUUUCUAUAUUAGUUGAAAAUACUAACGCAAGUCUUGGUUAACAAUACAGGUGUGAGUGGAUUGUGAAAGAGUAAGAUUUAUUCCAUGGAUGUUUCCAAAGCCAUCACAAGCAGGUUUUUGUCACGCACACACGCCUCCUGUUUAUUUGUUUGUUUGUUAGAGUGUGUGUGUGUGUGUGUGUGUGUGUGUGUGUGUGUGUGUGUGUGUGUUGUAAUCACAUAUCCGCUACUAGUCGUUAUGUAUUUAUUUCACACCGUUUUUUACGUUAGUUAACAAUGUCAUAUCUGUAAAUAAACAAAAAUAUGUA